GGAACUGCAAGGAACGAACGGAACGAUACGGAUCCAAGCAAGCAAGCGAUGGAGGCCUAACAUUAUCGAUUAAAAAUAGCUGGCAGACGAAAAAUAUAGCAUCUCCGUCGGUUUGGACACUUGUGCGUCUUUUGUAAGGCGCGUUUCGGUUUCGUGGUCAUAUCAUUGUGCGGUGUUUUGUGAAAGAGAUCUCGUGUCGUGUGGAAAAGUGACGGGAUCGGCUCCGGAGAGUACACGCGUCACUCGUUCAGGGCACAAUAGCCUGUGCAAGCCGCGGGGCGGCAGCGCCCGCAAGUAACAAGUGUCAGAGGAGAGGAGACUGAUCUCUUCACCGGCUCGUCGCCCGACCGAAAUAUGAAUGGAGAUACGAUGGUCGGCAUUAAGCGAGGCCCCGAAGAGUUCCGCAACAACGCCAGCAACGGCUCGGGGCCCAAUUCCACGGACAGCGAUUCGAAAAAGAUGAAGCUGGAGGGCAAGCCCUCGCGCGUCAUUCACGUAGGCAACAUUCCCAACGACACUACUGACGCCGAAGUGGUGCUGCUGGGUGUACCGUUCGGCCGCGUUACCAAUGUGCUGGUGCUGCGGAGCAAGAACCAGGCGUUUUUGGAGAUGUCUGACGAAGCUGCAGCCUCCAAUCUGGUCCAGAAGUACUCCCAGACCCAGCCUCAGAUCAGGGGGAGGUCAGUCUACACCCAGUUCUCCAACCACCGGGAGCUCAAGACAGAAACCACCUCCAAUGCCCUCUUGAAUCAAGGGAUGCAGACGCAGGAAAUUGCAGGGAAUGGCCUGAAGACGGAUGUGACAGAUAAUGGUGGUGGGGUGAACACGGUGCUGCGUGUGAUUAUCGACAAUAUGAUCUGCCCUGUAACGCUGGAUGUGCUGCACCAGAUAUUUUCUCGCUGUGGAAAAGUAUUGAAGAUAGUUACUUUCACCAAGAAUGGCACAUUCCAAGCAUUGAUUCAGUUCUCUUCUGAUCGUGAAGCACAAGCAGCCAAAGUAAGUUUAGAUGGCCAAAACAUCUAUCACAACUGCUGUACACUCCGCAUUGAUUUUUCCAAAAUGAGCAGUUUGAACGUCAAGUUUAAUAAUGAGAAAAGCAGAGACUUUACCAACCCAUCGCUUCCUGCUGGAGAAGGUGUGGACGGUAUGAAUUCGAUGAGCCAGAGCAAUUUAUCAGGAGCUGCUGGGCUCUUGGGUGCUCCAUUUGUUGGCCUGGGAGGUCAGCUGAAUGGUGCAAAUGGCAAUGCUCUAGGUGGAGUAGGUGCAGGCUUGCCCUUGCUUGGCGGCUUUACUCUUCCAAGUAACAAUGCUGCUGCUACUCCUGUGCUACUUGUGACAAGUCUAGAUGAGCACACUGUCACUCCGGACCACUUAUUUACCUUGUUUGGAGUUUAUGGCCAUGUCUCACGUGUGAAAAUUCUGUAUAGCAAGAAAGACUGUGCCUUGGUUCAGAUGGCAGAUCCCAGCCAGGCUCAGAAUGCUUUAACUCACCUUGACAAGAUUCGGGUAUUUGGAAAACAAAUUCAUGUAAUGCCCAGCAAAUACCAAGCAGUUCAGUUACCAAGAGAGGGUCAACCCGAUGCUGAGCUUACUAAAGAUUUUGCUGGAUCUCCUAGACACCGUUUCAAGCAGUCGCUGUCAAAGAAUUAUCAAAAUUGUCAUCCACCUACUCAGGUUUUGCAUCUAUCAAAUAUUCCAUCUAGUGCAACAGAAGAAAACCUUAAAGAAGAAUUUGUUAAACAUGGUUUUGAAGUAAAGGCUUUCAAGUUCUUCCCUAAAGACCACAAAAUGGCCCUUAUUCAGCUUCCGACUGUGGAGGAUGCUGUAGAUGCGCUUAUUAAAAUGCAUGACUUUAUGCUUGAUGGUAACAAUAUAAGGGUAUCUUUCUCAAAAUCUCGCAUUUAAAGUGCUUUAUUGGGACAGGGUCAAACUAUUCUUUUUGAAUUGAGGCGAAUUCCUUUGUGUUUAAAAUUACUGCCUAGUAGAGUGUUGAUUAAACAAUCCUAUAUAAAUUAUGACUGACUCCUCACCUUGCUGUGUGAAUCUAAUGGAGGAUAACCAAAGCCAUUAUUCUGCUUUGUAUUACAAGGAUUUAUGUGAAUUACAGUACGCCACUCUUUGUGGCAUUGAUUUCCUACAUCAUACUGUGUAAGGUAUCUACAAGCCAAAGUACCCUAAAGACCAUUUGGUCCAUGAAACAGUUGGCGUGAAUCCUUUUUUUACCUUAAUCAUUUUGAAAAUGUUAUGUGCUCACUUACAUGAAAGGUAUUCAGGCAACACUAUGGGCACAACCCCGACUGAUCUUGAUAGACUCUGCUGCUUCUGCAGUGCAAUCAUUUCAGCACAUAUUGGGCACAGUAGUACAUGCAGUGAUAUUUGAAUUUUUGAACAUUAAACAUAUCCUUAGUUCCUUUAAGAUUUGUUAUAGCUUGCGUGGCCCUGUCCCUGAAUCAUCAGGUCAUUAUUACUUUAAAAUUAGUUCUUGAUAUGAGUUAAGCAACAUAGUUUUAAUUCUGUUAACUACUGUGUGGUGUUAUCUUUAUGGAAUUGAAACUGUUUACUCAAUCUUCUUGUAUUAUAAAUAUUUAGCAAUUGGCAAACAAAGUACCUUAUGUGGGAAUAGUUUCCCCAUCUUCUAAAAUUUGGUGUGUUCAAUAGAUUGCGAUCUCCAUAUGGUCUAAUGUCAUAGCAAAUCACAUUAGUAACUGAAUGCAGACCAUGUUAUAUUCCAGUUACUCAUUUUAUGCAGAUAGGAAUUCCUGCACCUCUAUCAGCUAUUAACUGUUGUCAGUUUUUAUUUGCCCCAUUCUCAUUCCAAGAUUGCCAAUGAUUUAGCUGUUAAACUUACUGUGGCCACAAACCCAGUUUUAAUCCUAUGCAGUUUACAGAAGUAUUUGAUAAGCUGUAAAGACAUAUGUUCUUGAUGGUGCACCUUAAUGUGGAUCAAAGCGGCUGUGACUGAAAGACUCAAUCCUGUUAAUGGCUCUUUUUUCUUUAUUUCUUCCCCUUUUUCGUUUCCAAUGUGUUUAUCUCGCACACAAAAGACGAGGAACCGAUGUAGAGAAGGGGCCAAUGAAAAUGGAUGACCUUUUGUCUUGUAGCUGUAUCCAACUAGUAUUCCUUCCAGUUGGUGAUCCAGCUGUCUUCAGUACAAAACUUCAGUGCUUAAAUGCAUUUGUGUGGUGUGAAUUAGCUGGACAAAUAUGCAGGGAAGUUACCCUAGUUCCUGUUGUCCAACUAGAAAUUAUUUUCAUAUAUGCGUCUCCUGGGAGUGCUUCAUAUGCAUGGAGUAACCGGAUUGAAUGCCAUGUAUUUUCUUUUUCCUUAAAUGUUAUUUUCACAUUUCAAACCUCAGGUAUCUAUGUAAGUCCCAAUUUUUCUACUGGGUAGUUUAGUUUAUGCUCAGUAAAAAAUAAACCAGUGAUGCUUGGAACUGUUAACUGUUUCUGCUCACUAGGACAUGGUUUCUGCUUUAUCAGUACUGAAUGUAUAAAAAUAACAAACAUUUCAGAAUAUGUAUAGCUGCAUUUUUUCUUGGCAAUUUAGUUAUUUUUUUAUUGGCUUUGUACUUUUCUCAGAAAAGUAUUAAAUUUAUCUAGUAACACCUAUAUAUGGUACUCUACAAUUAAGGUUUUCUAAAUUUUUGUUACUUUUAUGGUAUUGACAUAUCCUCAAGCCUUCGUGCCGAAAUUGUAUUGGUGUUAUUUGGUGUGUUAUAGAGUGGUGGGCAAUUCAUUGUUGCUUUGGAACUGGAGGGUAUUUUAAUUUAUUAGAGUAGUGGAAGAACAGCGCUUGAGGCCAACUUUUUUCGUUGAGAUUAUCACCUUGUUUCUUUGAAGUUUAAUAUUUUAAAAAAUUGUUUUGUAUCUGUGUUAAUGCAUCAGUAAUAAAAAAAAACAAUUGUUUAUUCACCAUCAUAAAGUUGACCUAAAGCACUGUAUAAGAGAAUGUAGGAUGUUUAAGGUAUAUUUCCUUUGAAAUUAUGUUUCUUAUUUUUGUGUGUGCAUAUUUUGUUCUAUUAUUGUUUAGUUAGAAGGCAGUCAAAGUUUAUUUAAUUACCUACAACUCAAUGUCACCCCACUUUUCUUUCCCCCUUUCUUUUUGUUUGUCUUGCCUGAGUAUUCCACAAUUGUACAUAUUCAAUGAUCUGCCUUUCUUUGCAUAGUUACCUACUGUUUUUGUACUUUCACGACAGUGUCAUUAAAAUCAACUGUGGAGUAUGUCUGUGCAAUCAGAUUUUUAAGUCUAAGUUAUUGGUUCUAAUUAAUACAAGAAGCAAGUGAAGGUAUUUUUCUUGUUACUGUUUCCCUACAUUCUCUUGUAUAUCAGCAGUGGACCAUUAGGAUAUUUAGGCCUAUGAAGUAUUGAAAUGGCUAUUAACAGGUAGCUUAGCAGCUUAUAGCAUUCUUUUUUAUGAAAUUGUUUCAAAGCAUAGGACCAUUUUUGCCAAUCGGUGUUCUCUUUGUGAAGGGAGCGUUUUGUAGCCUUCGCAGCUGGGUGGCUACAAUAGACCAAUUGGUGUGGUUGUGCUUUAAUAUACAGUAUUAUAGAGAUGGUGUAAUGAUAAUUGAAAUCAAAAGUUUUUUCAUGAUUUAAGGAUGAUUCUGUUUGGCCAAAUCUUUGACACAAACCAUGUUAUAGAAUAUAUAUUAGUCUAGUAGUGGAUAAAUAUAUCCAUAUCUUUUGCUUUAGUGAUCUUGGCUACUGAUCACUAAUUUAAAUUAUUUUGUUGGAUGUAUAGAUAUAUAUAUAGAGAGAUGAUCUAAAUUAUUCUAAAACUCAUUACUAUUGUUUAUUUACUAUGUGUUUAGACAAGCUAAAUUGGUGGCAACUUGAUGGUCUUUACAGUUGUGUGUAUUCUUGCUUCUAUUCUUGUGUGUUUCUGAUCCUUGCCUUCUUGUUUCAUGACAUUUGAGACCUUUAUCUCUCUCUCUCCCUCUGUCUUACUGACCAUUGGCAAUUUUUCAGUUUGAAUACAAAAUGUAUUUCCCUCCCUCUAUGCAUAUUCCAAGCGAGUUGGUGCACAAUGUAAUGAAAAAUUCUGAAUAAAUGUCUGAACUAAGUCUUGUCUUGCUGUCCUCUGUCUUCCCGUCUGUCUAAUCUCUGUAGAUUUCCAUUCACAUCUACUCUGACUUUAUUUAUGGCCUAACCAUCCUGCUCUGAUCACUAUCGUCUCCUUUUCCAACCUAAUUCCCUUUUAUUUAAAUUUAAAGUGAUUUUACAGUUUUGGAGAGAUCUUUAACUCCACACCAUUUCCAGCAUUCUUUUGCUUUUUCCCUGUCUGUGAUAUUUGGAGUCUUGAGCUCCCCAGCCCCACACUUAUAAUGCAGUUUCCUCUAAAAGUAGGAAAGUAGUAUGGUAACUACCUUUUUAAGACUUUGUCAUGUGGUUGUCUUUUAUAGAAACAGAAGUAAUUUGCCAGGGGUAUGCAAAGCUAUGUAUAGUUUGAGUUUAGCAGCUUAUUUAGCUGUUAUGAGUGGAACAAUUGAGGAAGCUUUGGCUCUAUGCUACAUGUGUUGCCUGAAGCAGAGUUGGAUGGUUCUUCACAGCUUUUUCUCACUUGCAUUUCUCUCAUUUUCUAAUACUCUCUCAAUCUCUCUUUGCCCCUUUCUUUUCGUCUCAUUUUUAUUUUAUUUUGAGGUAAUGGAUGUAAUGCUGAAAGUUUUUGCUUCCUGUCUUUAUUCUUGCCACAUAGACUUCAUAAUUUAUUUUUUUGUUUUUGUUUUGAAAAACUUCUGCUUGUUUUCAAAUUGAGUAGAAACUAUAAUCACAGGCUGUGGUUUUUAAGGCUUCCUCGCUAUUUAUUAUUAUGUGAGUGAGGUGUUCUGAGUAGUUUAAGUUAUGGAGCAUUAGCACUUGGCUGUGGGCGAGUGAGAGAGACAGGGUCAUCCCUUGCUUUUUAAAAAAUUUGAUCAUUAAAAAUAUAUUUUUUACUUGUAUUUUAAAUGCAUGAAAGGAAGAUAUUACCAACAUAAGUAGCAUGACUCCUUGUGUGCAAACACGUCACUACUGAAACCAGGGUGACAAUCUGGAUGGUCCUGAGGUUAUCAUUUUCAACCCACCCACAUAUUUUUUGUUACAAUUUAUUAAUCAUUUGUAAUCUCCUGUGAUGUGUUUGGAGGAGCUGAAGACUGUUAAUAAAGAUGCACUCUAGCUGAAGAGUGAUUUAAAUGA